CCAAUCUAUAAGAGUAACGAAUAGUGGAAUCGUUAUCCGAUUAAACGAAUAACGAAUAAAAUAGUACUAGGUAGUAGUACAUCACUAGUGAAGUAAAGGUAUUUUCUGUAGUAAAAAGUUUUCAACUCGGCCAUUUUUGUCGCGACUGUCUGUGAACAUGUCGCAUAGGAAAUUCUCCGCACCCCGUCAUGGGUCCAUGGGGUUCUACCCCAAGAAGCGAUCCCGCCGUCAUCGUGGUAAGGUCAAGGCCUUCCCCAAGGAUGACCCCAGCAAGCCGGUCCAUCUAACCGCCUUCAUCGGCUACAAGGCCGGUAUGACCCAUAUUGUGCGUGAACCUGACCGUCCUGGAUCAAAGAUCAACAAGAAGGAGAUCGUGGAGGCUGUGACCAUCAUCGAGACUCCCCCCAUGGUGGCCGUCGGUGUGGUGGGCUACAUUGAAACCCCACACGGUCUCCGUGCCCUGCUCACCGUCUGGGCUGAGCACAUGUCUGAAGACUGCAGACGUCGAUUCUACAAGAACUGGUACAAGUGCAAGAAGAAGGCAUUUACUAAGUCUAGCAAGAAAUGGCAAGACGAACUUGGCCGCAAGUCCAUUGAGAAGGACUUCAAGAAAAUGAUCCGCUACUGCACUGUUGUGCGAGUCAUUGCUCACACACAGAUGAAGCUGCUCAAGCAGCGUCAGAAGAAGGCACACAUUAUGGAGAUCCAACUCAAUGGAGGAACCAUCGAAGACAAAGUUAAAUGGGCUAGGGAACACCUGGAAAAGCCUAUCCCAAUUGACUCUGUGUUUGCUCAGGAUGAGAUGAUUGAUUGCAUUGGUGUCACCAAGGGUAAAGGAUACAAGGGUGUCACUUCCCGUUGGCACACAAAGAAGCUGCCCCGCAAGACACACAAGGGUCUGCGUAAAGUGGCUUGUAUUGGAGCAUGGCAUCCUUCAAGAGUGUCCUUCACUGUUGCCCGUGCUGGUCAGAAGGGCUACCACCACAGAACUGAAAUGAACAAGAAGAUCUACCGUCUUGGACAAGGUAUCCACACCAAGGAUGGCAAGGUCAUCAAGAACAAUGCUUCAACUGAGUAUGACCUGUCUGAGAAGUCCAUCACCCCCAUGGGAGGCUUCCCCCACUACGGAGAGGUCAACAACGACUUUGUCAUGCUCAAGGGUUGUUGCAUGGGCCCCAAGAAGCGCGUGAUCACCCUUAGGAAGUCCCUCCGAGUCCACACCAAGAGGGCUGCCCUUGAGAAGAUCAACCUCAAGUUCAUUGACACAUCAUCCAAGUUCGGUCACGGUCGCUUCCAGACCCCGGCAGACAAGGCUGCCUUCAUGGGAACACUCAAGAAGGACCGCAUUCGCGAAGAGGCUGCUGCCACCGCCGCCCCAGCUGCUGCUGCUGCUGCACAAUCUUAAUUAUUAUUAUUGUGACGCAGAAAAUAAACAAAAAACAACAA